GACAAUGUGAUAGUAGGCAGCAACUGCUACCUGGGGUUCAACUCCACGAUUGAUCCCAAUAUCUCGAUUGGAGAUGGGUGCUGGGUGGGUGUCAGUGCUGAAUUGGGCACGCCUCUAACAGUGGAGGAUAAUGUGUUUGUGGGCGACUUGUCAAAGGUGUGA